AUGCCUCGCAAAGAGCCAACGAGUAUCCAUCUUCCACCAGAAGUUGUGAAUAUAAUCACAAGUUAUCUUGUGGUUGAAGACCCCGCAGCGGUGUUCAGUCUCGCAAAGACCAGCAAAACCUACUACGUCUACUGUCAAGCAGCUAUCCAAGCAGCUGCCAAGUCCAUAAAAUUCCACGAUAUCAAAAUAGCAGUCCCUAGGCCCAGACAAGAGGCAGCAUUGAACGGAAUUGUGAAUCACCUUAUUAAGCGGCUCAAAGCUGCUGAUGGAUUUGGUUGCGUCCGUCGGGUUUUCGUCGCACACCCCAAACUCGUUAAUUCGUAUUCUAGAUGCUAUGACGAAGAGGAAGAAUGGAAACCGCCCUGCUUGUCCACCCUGUUAUCUUCUAGUCAGGUAGGUGACGAUACGACACAGUAUGGAAAAUGGCAGGAAACUCCUUUAAGCCGGUAUCCAAGCAACUAUGUGGAACCUGACCGGGAUUCCUCGGCGGAUCUUUACAGCCCCGUUGUAAGGCUGAUCAAAACUCUUCCCAACUUAAAAGAUCUCAUUUGGACCUGGUCUAAUGUCAUGCCACAAUGCAUCCUUGAUACUUUACACCGAGAUCAACCGCAAUGCCGUCUCCAUUUGGAUUACUUUUUCAACGGCCCUAUGAUACAAAGGGAAUAUCGCAGGGUCUCACGGUAUGACAGAGUCUGGAGACAAAAUAUGGAUACCAUGUGGCAUGGCGCGCCUUCUCUUCACUCAAUUAGUAUUGGUAGUGGCCGCGAAUCUUCAUAUGAAAACCCUCGGGGACGAGGGCUUUUGCUGCGAGGUGUAAUUAGCGCGCCGAAUCUCAAAGAGCUUCGUUUGAGAAGAAAUGAAAGGGCUCCGGACAUACCUUCAGAAAGCGAAUGUCCAUCUGAAAAGCUUUCAUUGGAAGCCCUCCAUUUCGAGAGCAGAUCGGAUUUUGAUGGGGGUACGCUAGAAGGGUGGAGUCAGUACACAGACUUUUCAACCUUGCAGACUCUGAAAAUUCAUGGUCGAUUGAAUGACGACGUAUUCCGUAUAUGGAAUCGGACGAAACUCUCACUUACAUCUCUGAGAGCUCUGAGCCUGAACAUUGGUUCCAAUGCUUUGCGAUCGGCGGACUUCUACAACUCUGCGAACAACUUUCUCCACUCGGUGCCUCCUUUGACUGAGCUUGAAUUUGAAGGAUGGCACUCCCUUAUUAGUAUAGAAUCUCUCGUCGACUAUCAUGGGCCCCAUUUGCACAAGCUCAAGCUCUUGAAUCCGACAGCAUGGCAGUUUGUGAAUGAAGAGGAAAUUCAGCUAAUCGAUGAAGGAUGUCCGUCGUUACAAGAAUUGGGAGUUCCUCUCAAUCGCAGUCAAGAUGAAUUUGAGCAAUUUAUCUUAUAUAUGGCGUUGGGGUCCAUGAAAAAUCUCAGCACCCUGCAUCUUGACUAUCAGAUUCUACCUCCUCGAACACAUGAGAUCUCGCGAGAGGCAAUGACUUAUUUAAGCGAGAGGAUGUUGUCUCAUGCGAACCCGCCGCUCAAAGAUCCCUCUUUUGACGAGUUUCAGAGUCAGUCUUGCGGAGAAGUCCGUUACAAAGAGCAUCAACUUCGAAAUGGUCAUGUGGAAAGAAUUAUGGUUGAGUCUAUCAUCGAUAAAAAGCUUGCGUGCGAAAUAUUUCAAGUCAUUUCUGAUGCUAAACCUUUUGAAUCGGUUAAGAUGAAAGAUGUCAUAAUAUCAACGAGUGGCUCAAAUUAUGGCCAUUCCAUAGCCUGGAUAGUGAACACAUUCACCACAGCAUGGCACGUAAAGCAAGUUUGUGCCAAUUCGAAUGGCCGGGAGGUUUUGAUAGUAGCUGAGGAGCUUCAGCCGAGUGAGAAGAAUUCAGGAGGAAGACGUGAUUUACUUCCAGGAUGGAUAGAGCCUAUAUUCAGGCGACUCUAUCCAGAGCAACCAUCUAAAGGGCCACCUCGGAAAACAUCAAAGAAAUUGGCGGCCAAGAGACAACAAGAUGAUGUGCCUAUCACAUGGAGGCAUCAACUAUGUGCCACUAUUCCUACUUGGAGUCUUAUGUCUCCAUUAUCGUCCCAAAGAAAAAGGCGCGGAGAAAGGCUAUCAUUGCGCAGCGGGAAGGCCUCUUGGGGGGUGCUAGUAUAA